AUGUUUCUAGAAGCACGGCAGACCGAGAGCAUAGAGGAGGGUAUCGACGAAGAAGUUCGCACGCUGGCACGGAAACUGACGAAACUCUCCGUAAACUCCGAUGGUCAACAUCCAUUCACAUCGGGGCAGGGAGGCAAAUUGGACCCUCGUAGUGAGGACUUUGACUACAGAGCAUGGGCCAAAGCCUACUACAACACAUUAAAGAGCCCCGACCAUGGCUCUCCACCGAGGACUGCCGGACUGGCAUUUGAAAAUGUUUGGGUGUAUGGAUCCGGUGCUGACAUCGAAUAUCAGAAAACGGUAGGUAAUAUCUUUCUUGACGCUGUUUCCCUGGUCAGAGACCUAUUUGGCUCUCCUCGACAAUCGAAAGUCAACAUCCUCCAUGGCUUGGAGGGUGUCCUGCACAGCGGCGAAAUGUUGAUGGUUCUGGGCCCUCCUGGGUCAGGCUGCUCGACAUUCCUCCGGGCGAUUUCCGGCGAGACGCACGGAUUCCACCUGAAUAAGGACUCGUACCUCAAUUAUGAAGGGGUCCGGCCCCAAGAAUUACAUAGUCACUGUCGCGGAGAGGCAAUUUACGCGGCAGAAGUUGAUACACAUAUUGCGACACUGCCAGUGGGAGAUACCUUGUACUUUGCAGCGAGGAUGAGGGCACCGAAUAAUCUGCCACAGGGCCUCACCCACCACCAGUAUGCCUUACAGCUCCGUGACGUUGUCAUGGCUGUGUUUGGGCUCUCUCAUACAAUCGAUACACGGGUUGGUAACGAUUAUAUUCGCGGUGUCAGCGGUGGAGAGAGGAAGAGAGUGACUAUUGCAGAGGCAACCCUGAGCGGCGCUCCUCUCCAAUGCUGGGAUAACAGUACAAGGGGGCUUGAUAGCGCCAACUCUAUCAAGUUCUGUCAGACACUGAGGAUGCAAAGCGAUAUCAUGAAAGCCACCUCACUUGUUGCUAUAUACCAAGCCCCGCAAGAUGCGUACGACCUCUUUGAUAAGGUCACCGUCCUCUACGAAGGCCGCCAGAUCUAUUAUGGCCGGACAGAAGAUGCAAAAGUGUACUUCGAAGAACUAGGGUUUUCCUGUCCUGAGCGACAAACAACUCCCGAUUUUCUUACGUCCAUGACGAGCUCCAGUGAGCGCAUACCAAAGCCUGGAUAUGAACUUAAAGUUCCUCGAUCGCCUGAUGAAUUUGCCGAGGCAUGGAGGAACAGCUAUCAGCGGCAGGCGCUUUUAAACGAGAUUGAACAAUAUAAAGCGUCCUACCACUUUGAUGGGGUCCACAAGCAGAGAUUUCUAGACUCCCGAAAGGCGGACCAGUCGCCAAGCCAACGUACCCAAUCACCUUUUACCUUGUCAUUCUUUGGGCAAGUUAAGCUUUGUCUUUGGCGAGCGGUCCGCCAGUUUCGGAACGACCCCAGUGUCAUGAUCAGCUCCUUUUUAAUGUACUUUUUCGAGGCCCUGAUCAUCGGAAGUGUCUUCUACAAUAUGCAGAAAGAUACAGAAAGCUUCUUUAAACGCGGUGUGUUGCUGUUCUACGUCAUUCUGCUGAAUGCAUUUUCCUGCAUGCUGGAAAUUCUCGGUGUCUACGCUACUCGGAAAGUCGUUGAGAAGCAUUCCCGCUACGCACUGUAUCACCCUAGUGCAGAUGCGGUAGCAGCCGUAAUCGCCAACCUACCAUAUAAAGUUUUAAAUUGCCUGUUUAUGAACACCACCAUAUAUCUGAUGAGCAACCUACGCCGAGAAGCUGGUUCAUUUUUCUUCUUUCUCUUGUUCACUUUCGUUAUAAACUUCGCGAUGUCAAUGUUUUUUCGUCUGGCCGGCUCGUUGACUAAAAGCAUUGAACAGGCCCUUGCACCAGCAGCGAUUCUUAUGCUUGCUGUUGUAACUUAUACUGGUUUUGCAAUACCCAAACGGUACAUGCUUGGAUGGAUUAGCUGGGUCCGUCAUAUAAACCCUAUUGCAUAUGGGUUUGAAAGUAUUAUGCUGAAUGAGUUUCACGGUCGUGAAUAUUCAUGCUCGCAAUUUGUUCCCUCGGGUCCUGGAUAUGACAAUACCGCGCCUGAUCAGCAGGCAUGUGUAGCAAAAGGUGCUACUCUAGGAUCUAGGAUAGUUUCUGGGACAGCGUUCCUUAUGGAUUCCUAUGAUUACCGGAACGGACACAAAUGGCGGAACCUGGGGAUAAUUAUUGCCAUUACUAUUGGGCUUAUGCUUGGAUAUUUGGCCGCUAUCGAAUACAUCUCUUCCGAAAGAUCAAAGGGUGAGGUCCUCGUUUUCCGCAGAGCUAACAGACGCCAACGUUUCCCCAAGAAACGCAAUCAUGACCCGGAGAACUUAAAUGAUACAACACCCGCGAUGAACAGGCAGGAACAAUCAAAUACCGAGGCAGGACAACAGGUGGAGAACCACAGCAAUGUUUUCCAUUGGCAAGAUGUAUGCUACGAUAUCAAAAUCAGGGGAGAGCCUAGACGGAUUUUAGAUCACGUUAGUGGCUGGGUCAAGCCUGGGACACUCACUGCACUUAUGGGUGUAUCCGGUGCAGGUAAGACCACCCUCCUGGAUGUUCUUGCGAGCAGAGUCUCUAUGGGCAUCGUAACCGGAGACAUGUUGGUCAAUGGCACUCUGCGUGAUGACUCUUUCCAGAGAAAAACUGGUUAUGUUCAACAACAGGACCUGCACCUCGCAACCUCUACUGUCCGUGAGGCACUGAGCCUCAGCGCUCUUCUUAGGCAGCCACGGCAUAUUCCGAGGCAAGAAAAGCUUGACUACGUGAAUACUGUGAUCGAUUUACUUGACAUGCAUACAUAUGCUGAUGCAGUGGUUGGUGUUCCUGGUGAGGGAUUGAAUGUAGAGCAACGCAAAAGACUCACAAUCGGUGUUGAACUGGCUGCAAGACCUCAACUUCUCCUUUUCCUCGACGAACCUACUUCUGGCCUGGAUAGUCAGACAUCAUGGUCUAUCAGCUCUUUGAUGAAGAAGCUUACAGACAAUGGGCAGGCCAUUCUUUGUACUAUUCACCAACCCUCUGCUAUGUUGUUUCAGCGUUUUGACCGUUUGCUUCUACUCGCAAAAGGGGGAAAGACAGUCUAUUUUGGUGAGAUUGGUGACGGCGCACAAACCCUGCUGAAUUACUUUAUGCGCAAUGGUGCAGCACCAUGUCCUGCAGGGGCAAAUCCCGCUGAAUAUAUGUUAAAUGUUAUUACUGGGUUAUAUAACUCUGGAUCUAACUUGAACUGGCCGGAAAUUUGGAAUAACAGUCCCGAGCGGAAGGCUAUACAGGAUCAUCUUCAAGAGCUGAAGCAAGGCAGAUCAGUGUCCAGUGCAACACUCAAUGACUUGACAAGUAGUGGUGAAUUUGCCGCACCUUUUAUGGAGCAACUCUGGCAAGUCACGAAGCGCGUGUUCCAGCAGUACUGGCGAGACCCCGGGUAUAUCUACGCAAAAGCUGUGCUAACGGUUGGAGUGGCAAUGUUCGUCGGGUUUUCCUUCUUUAAAGCCGAAUCUACACAGCAAGGCCUACAGAACCAGAUGUUCGGUGUCUUCAUCUUCCUAGCAGUCGCUUUGCAGAUGAUCACACAAAUUAUUCCUGUAUUUGUUAUGCAGCGCACACUGUACGAAGCGCGUGAACGACCUUCUAAAACAUACAGCUGGAAGGCAUUCAUGGUGGCAAAUAUAUUUGUUGAGCUUGCUUGGAAUUCAAUAAUGGGUAUAUUCUGCUUCUUGUGCUGGUACUAUCCCAUUGGCCUCUGGCGCAACGCAGAGCCAACAGACCAGGUUCACUCUCGUGGAACCUUAGCAUACUUGUUUAUCUGGGUAUGCAUGCUGUGGUCUAGCAGCCUCGCCCAUUUGCUUAUCGCAGGGCUAGAGACGGCAGAUGCAGCUUCUGGCCUUGCGACAAUAAUAUUCGAGCUCCUCCUGCUCUUUUGUGGAGUCGUCGCCACCCGUGAAGCUCUGCCUGGUUUCUGGAUCUUCAUGUACCGAAUCAACCCAUUGACAUACCUAAUCAACGGCCUGUUGUCAACCUCCCUAGCCAAUGCACCUAUGAGGUGCGCGUCAAAUGAGUACCAGGUAUUCAAUGCGCCAGAAAACAUUACAUGCGGAGAAUACAUGAAACCGUUUAUGUCCAUGGCAGGCGGGUACUUGGUCGACGAGGGCGCCGAGACGUGCCAGUACUGCCCAGUUACAGACACAAAUGUGUUUCUGCACCACUACAAUGCGGAAUUUGAUGAGAGAUGGAGGAACUUUGGAAUCCUGUGGGGCUUUGUGGUGUUUAAUAUCGUUGCGGCGUUAUUUCUUUAUUGGGUGAUGAGGGUACCAAAGAACCGGAACAAGGACUAAUGUGCAAUAAUAGAUGUGGA